CGAACAAGGAAUCGCCCUACUCGCAGUGCUGCAGGUCUGUUGCUGUCGAAAGAUCGCUCGCUGUGUGUCUUUCGUUCCAAAGUGUCAUAAUCGUCCUCAUCUGACAGAGAAAAUGGAUACAUAAUGUGUUUGUUGAGAUUCAAAGAGAGUAAGAAAGGAAUGUAGUUAACAGGAACAAAUCAAUUGACAAAUGGUAGCUACAAAUAUAUAUAAUAAUUGAAAUGCGCACCUUCUUUCUAGUACUGCUGGGCAGUAUUGCCUAUGUGUCUUGUAACAGCCCGCCUAUAUUCUUGAGGAAUAUAGAUUUAGCUGUAAUUAAAGAAAAUACUCCCGUAGGCACAAAUUUCUUUAAUCUCCUGGGAUCAGAUCCCGAGAAUUCAACGGUAACUUAUGGACUGGAAGGAACUGACAGGUUUCAAGUGAACAGUACAACCGGAGCUAUUACUGUUGCAGCUCCAAUAGAUAGAGAAGUGAAUGACAGUUUGCGAUUUUAUGUGAUAUUAGAAGAUGUGGUGGGAAAUGGACAAGACAACAAUGUGGUGAGAGUGCCUGUUGCAGUAAUCAUAUUAGAUGAAAAUGAUAAUGAACCGGUAUUCCAUGGGACUCCGUACGAGGCAACAGUUUUAGAGGAUGCUGCCGUCGGCACCACUGUGCUGGAAAAGAUCAAGGUCACGGACGCUGAUGACGUCGGAGGUGUCCUUCAGAUUCGAUGCGAUUCCCCUCCACAGCAUCCGUCUGCAUGCGACAAGUUUUCGGUGAUCACUCAGUCUUCGAGUCCUCAAUCCACCACAGCAACCCUCGUCCUCAGGAGAAGCCUAGAUUAUGCCGAAAGCAAUUAUUACCAGAUCAGGCUCAUUGCUGAUGAUGGAUAUCACAACGCAACGGAAGUCGUUUCAAUCCGGAUCGGAGACGUGCAGAACCGACCUCCCGUAUUCGUUGGAUCCUUGACGGGCUUGGUGGAUGAAGAUGCGGAAGUGGGUACUCUGGUGAUGACUCUGAAAGCAAAGGACGGUGAUGAAGGAGAUCCAAGAAGUGUCACUUACGAAUUGGUCACGAACCCCGAAGAAUUCUUCAGUAUUCAUCCUCUAACAGGCGAACUCAGAACAGCCAGGCUUCUCGACAAAGAAAUAUUUCCAUCUUCUAACGGAGUCAUCAACGUCGGAGUGAAGGCUACCGAGGUGAUGUCCAACGGAGCUCUGGCCGUCGGCAGCGAAGCAUGGACAGUUGCAGCCCUGACAAUCACCAUCCGAGAUGUAAACGACGAGCCACCCACUUUCAAUAAGAUCAGCUACACUGUCAAUCUGAACGAGAAUGUCGCUAAUGGGACGCCGCUGCCGAAUUUGGACAUGUUCGUCCAAGAUACAGAUUCGGGAUCGAAUUCCGUAUUUAAUAUUGAGUUGGUCGACGAUUCAGGAAUCUUCAGUGUCGAGCCUAAUUUGGCCACCGGCUCCACAUCAGUCAGCAUUCGAGUGUCCAGUGGUCCGCUGGACUAUGAGAAUCCGAACCAAAGAAAAUUCAUCUUGUUGGUGGUAGCCAAGGAAGCCUUUACAAAUCCGCAGCUGUCUGGAACAGGAACAGUUACAGUGAACAUUCUAGAUACAAACGACAAUGUUCCAAAAUUUGAGAAACCAGAAUACAAGUCAAGCAUUAUCGAAAAUGCACCUGCAGGAACUGUCGUGGAUACCAUUACUGCAACAGACAGAGACACGAUGGUAUUUGGAGAAGCUGGUAUCGUCUAUUCUAUUUUUGGAAAUGGGGCAGAAAAAUUCCAAGUAGGCGAAACGUCCGGCGUCAUAACCGUGGCUCCGUGUCAGACCCCCGGAUCCGGUAACUGUCUGGAUUUCGAAACCAGGCCAACUUAUUACUUAUCGUACCAGGCCGUGGACGACAUGGGCAGGGGAUUGGCGACCGUGGUCCCGCUCACCAUCACAUUAUCGGACGCCAAUGACAACGCGCCCGUAUUCCUGCACGAGUCCUACUCGGCUACCAUCGACGAAGGAGCUUUCAAAUUCGACACACCGCUGCGAGUACAGGCAGUUGAUGCAGAUGCUACAUCUGUAGUGCAAUAUUCCAUCAUAGCUGGCAACAGUCAUAACAUCUUUGCAAUUGACGGCAGAUCCGGUGAGAUCAGCGUCACUCAAAGGAAUGGUCUAGACGUUUCAGCUCUCAAAACGGAUACAAUAAUAUUAACAGUUCAAGCCAGUGAUGGUGGAAAUGGUGUCGUCACAACUACUGUCAAAAUCACUGUAAAGGAUGCAAAUAACAACAAGCCGAUUUUUGAGAAAGAAAAGUAUGAGGCUAGCAUACCAGAAGCUUCACCUCCAGGUACUGUUGUGGAGCAGGUCUCCGCCACCGAUGCGGAUACCGGAGUAAAUGCCGAAAUCUCCUACAGGAUACAGAAAGGUGGCUUCGAUGACUUUACAAUCCAUCCAAGAUCUGGUGAAAUUAGCGUCAAAGAUGGAGCCAAGAUGGAUUACGACAGGAGACAAGAAUACAAUAUUGAGAUCGUCGCAGUGGACGGCGGGAGUCCUCAGCACACAGGAACCGCAACCUUAGUGGUUCAAGUCCUCAACAGCAACGACAAAGCGCCUUAUUUCACUCCUUCUACGCAACGCACUCAAGUCACCGAAGAUCAGAACGAAGGGCACAUAUUUUACAAACUGAAGGCAGCCGAUCCUGACAUCACUAAUCCAGAUUCACUGAUCUUUGCCGUGUCUGAACCAAUCACAGCCACAGACAAAGACGGUCGUCAACUACCGUCGCAAGUAGCAGGAUACAAGGCUUUCUUUGAUGUUAUUCCUGAAACCGGUGAAGUUAAAGUGUCCAGUCGGCUGGACAGAGAAAUGGCUGCGAUUGUUACCAUGACAGUAAUUGUCACUGACAUUAGCGCAACCCCACCUCAAACCGGAACAGGAACUCUUGUCAUAACAAUUAUUGAUCUGAAUGAUUUCCCCCCUUCUUUCCCACGUCCUUGGAGCCCCGAAAACCCGGAACUGCACAUCAAUGCAAUGGAAGAACAACCGAAAGGCAGCGUUGUUGCCACUUUAGUGGCUACAGACCCCGAUUCAAACAUUGCGGAGUACAAAAUAGAGCCAGAAAACGAAUUCUUCCACAUUGACAAUACCUCAGGUGUUAUUAGUGUAAAGAGCAGAGUGGAUUAUGAAAGUGUAAAAGAGAUAGUUUUCAAAGUCGUCGCUUAUGACACGGGCAUACCACAGAUGUCAGCGUCUGCUCUGAUUACUGCCAAAGUGUUGAACAUCAAUGACAACGACCCAAUGUUUGAUCAGAGCUCCUACCACGCAACUGUGCCCGAAAACUCUCCUCAAGGUACGAGCGUCAUUGCGGUGAAUGCGACGGAUUCGGAUGCCGGAGACUUCGGAGACAUUCGAUACUCGCUACUCGGAGAAAGAAGCCUCGAUUUCACCAUCGAUCAAAAAGGAAUCAUAAGAGUUGCAGCAGCAGCCAACCUUGACCGGGAAUCGACAACUUCAAUCACGCUUCAGGUCGUUGCCACUGAUCAGGGCCAAGACAUAAAUACCAGACGAGCAAUAUCAGUGCCUCUGUACAUUAAACUGGAAGACAGGAACGACAACCCUCCGAUGUUCAGCCAAAGGGAAUACGAAGCUUCCAUUGUGUCAAACCUUCCCAUAUCUCCUCCGUCGUCGGUUCUGCAGCUGACGGCUGAUGACAGAGACAUCGGUGAAAACGCCAAGAUACUCUACAGCAUUGUUUCUGGAAAUGAAAAAGGUGUUUUCGACAUUAAUCAAGAAACAGGUGUCAUUUAUCCUGUGAAAGAAUUGCCUGAGAACGUGAAGAGUUUCAAGCUGAGGGUGAGGGCUGCAAAUCCUGGGGACGAAGAGAACAUAGACGAGGCCAUUGUCAGGAUUAAGAUCGUCGAGAUCAAUCAAGACAAACCAAAAUUCAUUGUGCCAGCCACUCCCAACGCUACGGUUGAAAUUUUGGAGAACCAAAGCGUACCUGAUUUCUUGGUACUCAUAGUAUCCGCAGAAGACAAGGAUCGAGGGGAGAACGGGCGAGUGUCGUAUUACCUGAAAGUGGGCGACACCAACGUGGAAGAAACGGAGCAUUUCAGAAUCAAUACUGUGACAGGAGAAAUACGUACGAAAUCUAUCCUGGAUCGCGAGGAGAAGUCCAAAUACCAGCUUGUGUUAUCAGCUCGUGAUAAUGGUUCUCCGACUGUUUUUGAAUCGCUUCGCUUCUUGACGGUCAUCCUAGUGGACGUGGAUGAUAACAGCCCGGAAUUUCCUCGCACACAGAUUACAAAUCCAUAUGUGUUUACACUGGAAGAGAAUUUACCAAUAAACUUUCCAAUCGGAAGAGUUUUGGCGACAGAUAAAGAUGUUGGAGAAAAUGCUUUAGUUUAUUACUACAUAGUUGAUGGGAAUUUCGGUGGUCGAUUCCGAGUGGAGAAAACUACUGGACUGAUAAAAUCGAACUCCACGUUCGAUCGAGAGGAGAAGGAAGUGUUCGAAAUCGUUGUCAAAGCUACGAGUAAUCCAGAUUACAUAGUUUAUGAAAGGGAAGAGGAGCAAGGAUUUUCAGCGGCGUCUCGAAGCUACCGAGAAGAGGACUUAUCCUUGGCCCUGGUCCGCAUCACCAUUGCCGACGUCAAUGAUAAUGCGCCCAUGUUUCUGAACGAUCCCUAUCUUGCUGGCAUCAGGACUUCCACUCAAGUCGGUGACCUGGUAGCAGCAGUCUCGGCAACCGAUCCGGACGUUGGUGACAAUGGAAAAUUCGAAUAUCGUCUGGACGCCAUCCGUCUUUUCCGGCCAGGAGUGCCAGGCAGUGUUCGACCAGUCCCUUCCCCUUUUAAUAUUUCAGCAGAUGGACACAUCACAGCUUCCCAAUUAAUGGCCCAGUAUGACCAUGCUCGAUUUGAACUGCACGUUGCAGCCAAAGAACUCGCUUCGCCUUUCAGAGUUGCCAAAGCAAUCGUUAAAGUAUGGAUCUACGAACAGAAUCAGUUAGUAAGAGUGAUCGUACCACAACCACCUGAAGAAGUCAACCGAAAGAAAGCGAUGAUUCACGAAAUUUUAUCGAAUGCUACAAGGGGAGUUGUUGUGAUCGAUGAUAUCAGGUAUCAUGUGAACGAAAAGAAAAAACUUAACAGGAAAUGGACGGACCUCUACAUACACGUCGUGAAUAAUCAGGACGAGAUGAUGCUGAUUCCUCAGGUUUUAGAAGCGGUCGAUUCCAAUUCAAAAAUCCUCAACGAACGACCAGAAUUUAAAAUUCAUAAAAUAGUGCCUGCAUAUGUGGAUCUUUUGGACGAAGAAUUUGACUUGGCUUUGGCAGCACUCAUCGCAUUGCUAGUUGUCAUAUUUGUUGGAAUCAUCACCAUGAUCGUUUGUUGUCUCUGCUUAAAGAAGUGGUAUGCUGUUAAAAUACAUGAAGCACUCAUACCUCGUGAAAAGACGACGGAUAAUGGAAACACGACAGAAAAUCCCUUAUGGACUGAGCAGAAAUUAAAACUUUAUGAGGAGCAAGAACUGAGUAUGAGCGUUGUCCCUGACCAUGGCGAAAACACGAGACAAAUAACUGCAGUAGAAGUAGAAACAGACGCAGUAUACGCCACUUUGCGAAAAGGGAAUAGGUUGGCCACGUUUCAGCAUCAACCUGCGAAUGAAUACGCAACAUUAGAUGGUUGUUCCACUGGACAAACUCUGGACAUUCAGCCAGAUAGCCACGAAUACCAUGAACUGAAUUCCCGACAACCCUCUGGAUAUUUCAUCUCCGAAUCUACCUCAUCCGAUCCUCAGUCUCCGCAGGAAGUCCGUCAAUCCACAUUGACUAUAGAUAAAGAUGGUGAGCCUGUGCUAGUGACAGAGUUAUUGUGAAUGUGCCUUCAUCGCAGGCGAUAGACGCACUGCAAAAAAGAACUUGAGUGUUUCUCGUUUUGUUUAUUUAAAUGUUUUCCCUCGACACUAUUCUUGGCAGCCAUGUCAACUAUUUAAGUAGCAUCAGACUUUUGCAGAUGCAUUUUCCAUCAUAAUAUUUUUUCAUUCAUAAUUACAUAUUCUGGUGCAAUUGUGUUUUUAUACAAGGAAAAUUAUUUUAAUUUAAUAAAAAAUAAAAUAAAAA